AUGGCGACCGGCGACAUGGACAUCGACAUGGAUAUCGGCCAGGACUACUCGAACCUCGACAUAGAACAAGACCCCCAUGAUUUCAACCAGAUUGAACUUCACCCCGACCUCAGCGCUGCGCCCAUAUCAACCAACCCGACAGAUUCAGAUUUGGCGGUUGUUAUCCCGCAUAAAAUACACCUGCGCGGCUUGGAUGACCUCACCACGAAGGAUAUCAAAUCAUUCGCGACGGAGUACUCCACUGGCCAGCCUCUCGAGAGGGUUGAAUGGAUUGAUGAUACCUCCGCAAAUAUAAUCUACCAAUCAUCCGAAGCCGCAUCGGCCGCUCUCCAGGCUUUCGUUGUCACAGACCAGCUCCCGGCAGCUCAUUCAACACUGGACAUGCUCCCAGCCAAGCCAUUCCCCAAUUUCCCCAACGCGCGCUUGAUGGUCCGACUGGCGGUUGAAGGUGACAAGAAGCAACCAGGCGCACGGGAGCGAAGCCGAUUUUACCUCCUCAACCCAGAACAUGAACCCCAAGAGCGCCAUCCAAGAGAUGACCGUGGCAGGAGGGGCGAUGGAAGGAACCGGUCUCGUCGCGAACACUACAGACGCAGAGAUUACGAUGACAGGGAGCCACGGAGGCGCGGUGAUGACUUUGAUGCAAGCAUGUACGAUGAUGAACCUUCGCCACCUCGAGGCUCAAGGGAACCCGAAUCGGAGUCUGGAACUACUUCUUCUGGCUACAGGAACCAGCGGAGCCAAAGGGUGCGGUUUGCAGGUGCUGGAAAGGAGCUGUUCCCGGCGAAGAUCAGUUCAAGAAGCAACGGAAGGCUGCGCAAUCGCAGCGCGUCUCCGAUGCGUGAUAAUGAGGGGGAUCUGAUACUCGACGCGAGACCUGCUGGCGGGCGUGAUGGCCGUGCUCGAAGUGCCAACGAUGGCGGUGCGAAUCGUCGCAAGGCGCAGCUCAUCAAGGAGAGACUCAGGGCAUCUGCAUCUGAGCCACUGGAGCUGUUUCCUCAGAAAGCUGGCGCGAGGGCUGGUGGAAAUGAUGCGGCGGAUUCUACAGCUGAUCUCUUUGCACACAGGCUUCGAAUUCCCAUGCUGGAUGGCGCCAGCGACAGGUUACCAGCAAAACCAGACUUGAUGUCCAGGAUAUCGAAGCCCGGUGCAUCUGAUGCUGAUGGCCAGCCGAGCUUCAAAAUCAAGGGCACGGCGAGGCAACCUGUGCAGGAUGGGUUUUCGAUCAAGGGAAUGGCGGCAUCGGGGCAGGAGCACAGGGAGCUCUUCCCGGGGAGGGCGGGUGGGAAUGCGGGGAAGGAGUUGUUUGCGGAUAGGCUGGAGGGGCGGGGUGGGAGGAGGCAGAGGGCGGAGGAUACAUUCCGUUGA